CAUGGGGACGUUCCCAGGGUCAUCUAGCAGGUCAGAGGUGAACAGGGCCUCAAACCUUGGUCUCCAGACCCCUUCCAGGACCCUGACCUCUAGCUAUUAAUACAUCCUGAUGUAGUCUCCUUUAGACUGGAACCCUCCCUGAAACCCCUCUCCCAACAUUCACCUGUGAUUUCUUGGGGCACCUAAUGGCAGUUGUGCCUGGUCCCAGAGCUUACCUAGAUGGCACCAUCCCUCCCAGGGGCUGAAAUGGAUGGAAGGAAGGAAGGAGAGGGUGGAUGUAUGGAUGGGAAGAUGGACGGGUGAAUGAGUGAACAAGAGGGUGGGAGAAUGGAUGGGAAAGGAGGAAGGCUGGUUGGUAGGGUGUCUGCACGGGUGGAGGGGAUGUAUCGGAAGGAAUUACCCACUUAUCACGUUCCAAGCAGACUCUGAAGAGCAGAGAGCCGUUGGCGAUCAAAGUCCAGCCCCGUCACGUUUCUGCUGGAAGCCGAGGCGGGAGAAGUUGGGUGCUUUGCCCCGGGGCCCGCAGGGAGGUCCAGGCAGAGCCGGAAGGGGGACGGGAGUUUGUGGACCGGCCGGGGGGCUCUAGGCGACAUCCCCCCAUCAGCCCGCGCCUGCCGGUGCCAGGGUGGGGUAGCGCCCCCGCCCCCACCUCCGGAGGUGGCGGCCCCACGCGGCCCCAACAAACUGCCGUUGUCCCGCGGGCCGUGGGCCCGGCACACUGGGGCUUUGUCCGGCCCCCCGCCGCGACCCGAGGGGGGGCCCCACAUGACCGAAGGGGUAGGAGGAGCCUGUGGCGGCGGCGGCGGCAGCGGCGGCUCCACCACCAUUUCCCUCCCGGGCCGGGGGUCGGCGGGCGGUGGCAGUGGCUGGGCAGGGCUGGGCAGGGCCGCGGACGCCGGGCCCCCCGUUCCCCGCCAGGCUGCAGGCCCCGGGCCUGGGACGUCAGGGCAGCUGUGACCGGAUCGCUUUCCGGGCGACGAGCUGGGGGUGCGCUCGGACCGCCGCCCCCGGGAUCAUGGGCAAUGGCAUGACCAAGGUACUUCCCGGACUCUACCUCGGAAACUUCAUUGAUGCCAAAGACCUGGAUCAGCUGGGCCGGAAUAAGAUCACACACAUCAUCUCUAUCCAUGAGUCACCCCAGCCUCUGCUGCAGGAUAUCACCUACCUUCGCAUCCCGGUGGCUGAUACCCCUGAGGUACCCAUCAAAAAGCACUUCAAAGAAUGUAUCAACUUCAUCCACUGCUGCCGCCUUAAUGGGGGGAACUGCCUUGUGCACUGCUUUGCAGGCAUCUCUCGCAGCACCACGAUUGUGACGGCGUAUGUGAUGACUGUGACGGGGCUAGGCUGGCGGGACGUGCUUGAAGCCAUCAAGGCCACCCGGCCCAUCGCCAACCCCAACCCAGGCUUUAGGCAGCAGCUUGAAGAGUUUGGCUGGGGCAGUUCCCAGAAGCUUCGCCGGCAACUGGAGGAGCGCUUCGGCGAGAGCCCCUUCCGCGACGAGGAGGAGUUGCGCGCGCUGCUGCCGCUAUGCAAGCGCUGCCGGCAGGGCUCUGCGACCUCGGCCUCCUCCACUGGGCCGCACUCCGCAGCUUCCGAGGGAACCCUGCAGCGCCUGGUGCCGCGCACGCCCCGGGAAGCCCAGCGGCCGCUGCCGCUGCUGGCGCGCGUCAAGCAGACUUUCUCGUGCCUCCCUCGGUGUCUGUCCCGCAAGGGCGGCAAGUGAGGAUGCAGUCCCGCCGUGGCUCCCCACUUCCUCCCAACUGGCUGCCUUCGGGGGCUGUCGGCGCCUUCCACGCGCCCCAGGAUGGGCCCAGAGGCUGGGGGAGCCCCGCGGCGGCCUGAACCCUGCCUCCCUCGCCCGCCCUGCUCAUCCGCGUCUGCAGUCAGCAUCCCCAACCUGUGCGUCUCUGUGUCCGGGCCGGCCGGCUGCAGCCACCUGGUGCCUUAGUCCGUGGGCUGGGGGAGGGGGCCCACCCUUAAAGGCGGCGGGAGGGGAGGGAGGGGGAGUGGAGGGUUGGACGGGCCUGGAGGGUAUUAAAGAGACACAGAAGAAGCUGCCUGUC